AUUUUCAGAAUAUGUCUUCACAAGAAAUGAUUCAGCCAGUUCAAAAGCAAAGUACUCAAAAAAAAGUUUCGAUUUUGGCUGCCCUAGAUGACAGUUUAAGUGGCAUGUCAACAAAAGGAUUAGCAAUUCCCAGGACUCCAGGGCUGUUUUCUCAAUCUGUUACUCCACGGACCCGAAGUACCACAAAGCAGUCAAAUAUAUCUACCAACCUAGGCACAGAGAGGAAAUCACCUUACUUUGUGACGAUUCCUGGGCACCUUGGUAAUUUGUCUGUGUUAGAUGACAGUGACUGGACAGCUGCAGUUACACCUCCACAUUCAGUCAUGUUCACAAACUUAGAUUAUAGUGCAGCAGAGGAUGUCACAAAGAGUGCUGUCCUCUUGAAUGAGGAUGACCCAGGGGAAGCUGCUGCGCGGAGCAUGUAUCCUGACUUUCUCCAUUCCCUGCUAAAGCACAGUUCAAAUACUGUUUUUGAACUUAUAGAUGAGUAUGAAGAUACUUGCAGUAAUCAGCUAAACAUUCUUCAAAAAAUCGUGUAUCGAGCAACUCCUGGACAACAGAAAUUUUCCAAAACUGCUAGUAUUUUAUGGCUUUUAAAACAAGAAAUGGUAACAUGGAGACUCUUGUCAUCAAUUUACAGAGACAGAAUACAGUCUGCUAUGGAAGAUGAAACUAUGUUUGAUCUUGCACUUAUAAAUGCCAGUGAAAAGACUAUUGUGAACAAUCUAUUCCAGAGAGACUCAUUGGUGCGACAAAGCCAGUUGGUGGUAGACUGGUUAGAGAGCAUUGCAAAGGAUGAAAUUGGAGACUUUUCUGAGAAUAUUGAAUUUUAUGCAAAGUCUGUAUACUGGUAAGUUAUUGAUCUACUAUUGAGCAUUCACGAGCAUUUAUAAUCCAUAUAUUACAAGCAUUUAAAAUCCAUAUACUCUGUGCCAAAUGUUGUGAUAACCUCUAGUUUCCAUGAUAUAUUGGAUAUUAAUUUAUAACACAUAUUAAAACACUAUAUAUCAAACUGUUCUGACCACCCUCGUUCCACACCAAAGCACACUCCGAGCCGAAGAUACUUUACUCAAUUUAUUCACAGACA